AUGGAGGAGCCAUCCAAGCGCCAGUCUACCUCGCCCGUGAUGGCCAUGUUCGAGGGGUUUCGCAGCGAGCUCGAUGAGCACCACGACAGGCGCGAGCGUAUGAUCAAGGCGUCUCGAGACAUCACAGCGGCAAGCAAGAAGAUAGUACGAGCGUUGAACAAGCCGCUCCCGGGGUUUGUCGCGAAGUCCAACGCGCAGUACUGGGGGAUCAUCCAGACCCAGUAUAAGAACAUUUCGCGGGACCUCCAAGGCCUCAAUGCAUAUCGCUAUGGGCGCAACAUCACCGGCGGAAACCAGGAGUUCAUGGAGGCGCUGAGCUUUCAACACUAUCUCGAGCACCAGAACCUUAUUACAUACAAGGAGGCAAAUGACUAUGUGGCAAAACUGGGAGGGGAGGGAGGCCCGGUGCUGCUCACCACGGAGGACUACAUUCUUGGUAUCUUCGACAUGGUUGGAGAGCUGAUGCGAUUCGCAAUCACGGCUAUGGCUACGAGCGGCGAGCUGCCGGGAACGCUCGUACAGGAAGAUGUGACAUCCAGGGAGAGUCACGAUGAGCAAGCUGGGGAUUCAAUGGACGUCGAGCAGCCUUCGACAACGAGAACGCAACAUCCACAGAAGCGAGACGUCCUGGCCGACCUAAGAGAGCUACGCCUAUGCCUGGAGGGCCUCGAGCCAAGCAGGGGCUCCAAGUUCGAGGGUGACGCGGAGAAGAAGAUGACCGUCAUGCGGCAGUGCGUGGAGAAGGUUGAGACGGCGCUGUACGGGCUCAUAGUACGGGGACAGGAAAGGCCCAAAGGUUGGGUGCCAGACCUCAGGGAGGAGCGGAGGGGGGCAGAGGCAAUUGAGGGGUAUUGA